AUGGUAAGCCUUCUUGGCCUCCCCACACGAAAAGAGGGCAAGGAUGCUGGCCCACUGGCCUUGGGGCCAGGCGUUGCGCAAUGCGAUCCUUUCAAAGAUUCAAAGCAACUCAAAACCAUUUCCUACCAGCUCUCCCGUGAGCCACCCUCUCCUGGAAGCUGGACUCUCAUGCCUAAUGAGGCAGUUGAAAGAGUAGAGAAAGAGGAAAUUAACUACAGUAUUACUUGCUGUGACUUUACCAUUGCGGGUGGAAAGCUAGUGAAGCGACUGUUCUUGGAAAAAUACUACAAACACGGAGGAAAGUUCCUUACCAUAUUUCCAGAUGGUACAGCACAAUUAUUCUAUCCAUCUGGCACUCUGGCCGUUAUCAUUGUGCAAAAGAGGAGCGGUUAUAUUUGUAUAGUACAGGAAGACAAGCCAAAUAAUGCAAAAAUUCAAGCAGUGUUUGAGUCCAGUGGCAAAGGUACUUGCUAUCAUCCAAACGGACUUGUAUGGAUAAACAUAAAUAUUCACAGAGGACAUUUUUCAGACCAAGCAGGCAACAGGGUGCGAAUGUGGACCUGGCCAAAUAGUUUGAUGGACUCUGGACCCCCCGUUUCAUUUAAACCCAUCUUUAUAUCCUUGAACCAAUAUGUUGGUGUCAGGAUAGUUGGACAAGACAAGAUUGCGGUUUCUUUUCUUGCCAUGGGCCAACAAGCCAAAUUCAACGUGGGAACAAAAGUGCAGGCAAGGCAGCCUGGUAAACUUCCACCACCAAAACAUGUAUGCGAAGAAGACCUGCUGCUGUUUGCCUGCAAAAUAAAGAUUCAGCGUCUGUUUGAUAGACUACAUGGAUGUUUAAACUUCCCAUCUACUGAGCAGUGGGACAAAAUCAAACCCCCUUCCUACCUUGCAACACAGGCUUUAAAAUUACUGUACCUUUGUAAGAAUUCUGACAUAAGUGAUGAUGUUAACUGUUCAAUAAGAGCUAUAAUAAAUGCACUUGACUAGCA